AUGGCAUCCUGGUUAUUUGGAGUUUCUAAACAAUCGGCUGAUCAGAUUGUUGAUACAAAAGACACACCAUCUGCUUCAACAGCGGUUAAUCCAGAACCUGUGAAUACCUUACCCACAAUGCCUCAAUUACUUUAUGAUUUACAACCAGCAAAACCAAAUAUUCCUGAUUUAAAACCUACUAGUAUGCUGGACAGUAUACCAUUCGUUUUAUCCAGCCAAAUUAUUAUGACUACUAAAAACUAUAGUUAUAAUUUAGAUAAUACAAAAAGACAAUUAUUAUCUGUAAAAAAAUUGAUUGAAUCAGAUGCAUACAAUUAUGAUUUUUCCAAUGAUAAAAGACUGGUGAGCGAUACUUCAAUGUAUGCUAAUUAA